UUCUCUGAGUCAGUCAGACUUAGACGUGCUCGGACUACACAUGCGUGUGUCUGCUGGUAUUUUUCUAGAAGGGUGCCAUAGAAUAUAUAAGUGCACAAACUGCGCAAUCUUCGGUUCGAGAAUCUAAAAGGAAGUUCACAGUUAUUUAUUUUCAUAUUUUUACAAAUGGAACCAACCACAGACAUAGACACCUCCAGAAUUUUAGGAAAAGGUCCCAACUACCUUCGAAAGCAGAUGGAGCUGGAGGGGGAGGCCAAGGGGGGGCUUAGCGCCGUGGAGAGACUGGCUGCUACCAAACCGAAGUAUGUAAAAACUCAGCGGGUGAUCAAUUCUGAGCAGAUUCCAGUGAUCACGUUCAGUUCGGCCUCUGUGAGCAGCAAUGCAUCUUCCAACCGGAGUUCAAGACGGAGCAUGGACAACAAGGAUGGAAAAGGCACUGCCCAGCAGAAUACCGAUGAACAAGCAGGAGGGACUGGGGGUCCUUGUCCCUGUCAAUGGAAAGGUGGAGGGAGCCAAAAUACAGCCAAGUCAUUGAGGAUAAUUUCCGCCAACAAGAGAUCUCAGACUGGGAUGAAGAUUCACCUGUCAACAGGCCACUGCGACCCGUAGGAAUGACUGUUCCUACCAUACCAGACUGGUAGGUGGCACUGGCGGUAAAGAAAAAA